AUGAGCAAAGGAAAGGUUUGCCUCGCCUACUCUGGUGGUCUCGACACCAGCUGCAUCCUCAAGUACCUCAUCGAGGAGGGCUAUGAGGUUGUUUGCUUCAUGGCCGAUGUUGGCCAAGAGGAGGAUUUCGAGGCUGCCCGCACCAAGGCCCUGCAGUGCGGUGCUCUGAAGUGCGAGAUUGUCGACAUCCGCCGCGAGUUCAUUGAUGAGCUGUGCUUCCCUGCCAUUGCUUGCAACGCCGUCUACGAGAACGUUUACCUGCUCGGCACCUCGCUCGCUCGCCCCGUGAUCGCCCGUGCCCAGAUCGAAGUUGCCCAGCGCGAGGGCUGCUUCGCUGUUUCCCACGGCUGCACUGGUAAGGGUAACGACCAGGUUCGUUUCGAGCUUGCCUUCUACGCCCUGCAGCCCACCAUCAAGGUUAUCGCCCCGUGGCGCGACCCCGUCUUCUACGAGCGUUUCGCCGGCCGUAACGAUCUCCUUGCCUAUGCCGCUGAGAAGGGCAUCCCCGUCACCUCUACCAAGUCCAAGCCCUGGAGUAUGGAUGAGAACCUGGCCCACUGCUCCUAUGAGGCCGGUAUCCUGGAGGACCCCGACACCACUCCCCCCACCGACAUGUGGAAGCUGACCGCGGACCCCUUGACUGCCCCUGACCAGCCCGAGGACUUCACUGUCCACUUCGAGAAGGGUAUCCCCGUCAAGCUUGAGUACACCGAGAAGGGCCAGAAGAAGGCCGUCACCGACUCCGUUGACGUCUUCCUGACUGCCAACGCUAUCGCCCGCCGCAACGGUGUUGGCCGUAUCGAUAUUGUCGAGAACCGUUUCAUCGGUAUCAAGUCUCGUGGCUGCUACGAGACCCCCGGUCUCACCUGCCUGCGCGCUGCUCACAUCGAUCUUGAGGGUCUUGUUAUGGACCGUGAAGUCCGUGCCCUCCGUGACCAGUUCGUCACCUUCAACUACUCUAAGCUCCUGUACAACGGCAUGUACUUCUCCCCUGAGCGUGAGUUCCUCGAGUCCUCUAUUACCGCUUCCCAGAAGUGCGUCAACGGCCAGGUCCGCUGCCGUGCCUACAAGGGAACUGUCUCCGUCCUCGGCCGCUCUUCCGAGACCGAGAAGCUGUACGACAUGACCGAGUCUAGCAUGGACGAGAUUGGUGACUUCUCCCCGCCGAGACCACUGGCUUCAUCAACGUGUCUGCCAUUCGCCUCAAGAAGUACGGCCAGAUGA